UGCCAACACUACUUUUCCACCACGAUGUACGCCAUGCGUAUGGCCUUUCCUCUUGUUAUCGUCGACAAGUACAGUCGCAAGUGUUUCAAAGAUGACUUCCAAAGUCUCCCGUGACAUUCUCUACGAAUGCGUUACUGAAGUCCUGAAGGGCGCGAAAAAGAAUCACCGUCGCUUCCAUGAGACGGUGGAGCUGCAGAUUGGUCUGAAGAACUACGAUCCCCAGAAGGACAAGCGUUUCUCCGGCACCGUCAAGCUGAAGUACAUUCCGCGCCCGAAGAUGCAGGUGUGCGUGCUCGGUGAUCAGCAGCACUGCGAUGAAGCUAAGGCCAACGAUAUCCCGUACAUGGAUGCCGAGGCAUUGAAGAAGUUGAACAAGAACAAGAAGCUGGUGAAGAAGCUUGCCAAGAAGUACGAUGCUUUCCUGGCUUCCGAGUCGCUCAUCAAGCAGAUCCCGCGUCUGCUCGGUCCUGGCCUGAACAAGGCUGGCAAGUUCCCUGGUCUGCUGGGUCACGGUGAAUCGAUGGUUGGUAAGAUCGAUGAGGUCAAGGCCACCAUCAAGUUCCAGAUGAAGAAGGUCCUGUGUCUGUCGGUGGCAGUCGGCCACGUCAAGAUGUCGACCGAUGAGCUCGCUCAGAACAUCCAUUUGUCUGUCAACUUCCUCGUCUCGCUGCUGAAGAAGCACUGGCAAAACGUGCGCUCGUUGCACAUCAAGUCUUCGAUGGGUGCUGCUCAGCGACUGUACUAAGAAGGAAAAGUUGUAAUUGUUUUUAAAAAUGCACCAUCGAUCAGGUGCAUAAGGGUAUGCGUUUUUCGCAUUAUCCUAGAAAACAAUAAAUAAUAACACUUGGUUCUUCGUGGAUAAACAAAAAGGCUACGUUUUGUUGUUAUUCCCAUGGGUCGAAAUUCGAAUUUGAGGAAGAAUAUCGUUUUUCGUUGUUUUAGUA